UCCCAGCUGAGUUUGCGUUCAUGAACAGGUUGAAAAGUAUAUCAACUGACUUAUGUCCCUUUUUAUGACUUGAAUCUACAGCAAAAAGACAGCCUGUUGGUGACUACUUCUUCACGUGCUGACUGGACUCAUGUGUCAGCGGUUGAAGCAGCGAAGUUGACACGAUGGCCUGUGUGGACGAACCACCAGAGAAGCACUGCUGGGUGUGCUUCGCCACGGAGCGGGAGGACCGCGUGGCCGAGUGGGUGAGCCCGUGCCGGUGCCGCGGCUGCACCAAGUGGAUCCACCAGAACUGCCUGCAGCGCUGGCUGGACGAGAAGCAGAAGGGAAAUGGCGGAGGAGCCGUCAGCUGUCCGCAGUGCGGCACCGAGUACCGCAUCGUCUUCCCCAAAAUGGGGCCAGUGGUAUAUUUCCUGCAGCAGAUGGACAGAGCUCUGUCCAGAGCGAGUCCCUUUGCAGCUGCAGGGGUGGUGGUUGGCACCGUUUACUGGUCAGCCGUCACCUACGGAGCCGUCACUGUCAUGCAGGUGGUGGGCCACAAGAAGGGCCUUGACGUGAUGGAGCGAGCCGACCCCCUCUUCCUGCUCAUGGGCCUGCCCACCAUCCCCGUCAUGCUGGUGCUGGGCAAGAUGAUCCGCUGGGAGGACUACGUGGUGCGCCUGUGGCAGCGGCACUCGGCCAAGCUCAACUGCCUCGUCCCUGGUCUGGGGCGGGCGCUGCCCCGUAUGCCAGCCGAAAGGGGGUACGGCGGCGACCACGUGUCUGUGUCGCGCACCCUGUGUGGUGCCCUCAUCUUCCCCUCCAUCGCCAGCCUGGUGGGACGCCUCCUCUUCCGCAGAGUCAACUCCAACCUGCAGCGCACCAUACUGGGUGGCAUUGCCUUUGUGGUGAUCAAAGGGAUGCUGAAGGUGUACUUCAAACAGCAGCAGUACCUCAUCCACGCCAGCCGCCACAUCCUGGACUACCCGGCUCGAGAGGGCCGCACGGACACCGAGCACAGCGAGGAGGACAACGAGGACAGCGGAAACGAAUAGACGCACAGGACGAGACAUCCUUCCCCCACGAUAAAACACACACACACACACACACACACACACACACACACACACACACACACACACAAAGCCCAAAUAGAGGCACAGGAAGAGCCAUCCUUCAGCCCCCACCACAACCAAUGAAGCUGCAACCUGGAUUCAUUAGUUACAAUCCAGUGCCACAAAUUCCAAAUGGUUUACCUGUAAUGUUUUACCUGCACAAUUCAACCAGGUGAGCAUUCAAUCAGGUUGAAUUGGACAGGUAAGACCAGGUUAUUUGGAAUAUGUGGCGCUGUAUUGUAAUCCAGGUUGCUCAUCGCUGACCACAACCCACACCUCAUUCACACACCACCCCCAGGGAAGCUGUGUUCUGUGUCUCUGGGGUUUCUACUGUAUAAAGGAAAAAAGGACAUGCUUCCAUUACCAUGUGCAGUGCAUUAACCAUAAACAAUCACAGAACAUUUUAAAAAUGCUUCAACAACAUAAUAAUUCAUUGUAAAAAUAGAGAAAAAAAAUCAUCCAUCUUAAUCACAGCCGAUGGCCAUAUGUGUAUAAUGUAGAGAUUGUAGUUCUUUAAUCUUAUUUUGAUGAUUUGAAUUACCGGUAAUAAAACUUGAUUGUUGAGA